CUGUUGACGCAGCGCACUGGACAGCGACUCUCUCGCGCGCGCGCCCGCGCGCUCUCUCAUUCUUCAGUUCGACCGUUGCGCGUCACCUGAGCAGAUAUCAGACCAUCGCCUCGGAUCUCUCGUGUUUAUUCGUGAGAAACGGAUCAUGAUGAGAGGUUUAUCUGUUGUUCAGCUGCUGCUCGUGACAAUGAGCGCGUCUCUGAUGAGCGCGAGGGAAGCGCGGGAGAUCGGCGGCGGGAAUUUCAUGGAAGAUGAGCAGCAGUGGCUCUCCACCGUCCACCAGUACAGCCGCACGGUCAAGCACUGGAACCGCUUCAGAGACGACGACUACAUCCGGACGCUGGAAAGUCCACAGGGUUCUGAUGAAAGUCUGGAUACCACGAAGGAUCCGUGUCAGAAGGUGAAAUGCAGCCGUCAUAAGGUGUGUGUGGCUCAGGGCUACCAGAGAGCCAUGUGCGUCAACCGCAAGAAACUGGAGCACAGAAUCAGACAGUCUGGACUGAAGCCGCACGCUAACAGCUGUAAACCCUGUUCACUGACGUCCUCAACGCCUGUGUGCGGAUCAGACGGACACAACUACGCAUCACAGUGUAAGCUGGAGCAGCAGGCGUGUUUGGCGGGGAAGGAUCUGUCCGUUCUGUGUUCUGGUUUAUGUCCUUGUGUCACUGCUGGAGUUCCUAAAGCAGAACCCAAGAUCAAGACGAAUCCAGAGACCUCACCCGAACCCAAAGCAGAGAUCUGCACCGGUCAGGAUUUGGCAGAUUUGGGCGACAGACUCAGAGACUGGUUUCAGCUUCUACACGGAAAUGCUAAACAGAACAACUCUGGAAGACAAGGACAAGCCACAGCGUCAGUGUUUGACCGGGGUCUCGUGGCCGGCUGUAAGGACUCCAUCGGCUGGAUGUUCUCCAAGCUGGACACCAGUAAUGACCUGUUCCUGGAUCAGUCGGAGCUGGCCGCCAUAAACCUGGAGAAGUAUGAAGUGUGCAUCAGGCCGUUCUUCAACUCGUGCGACUCUUACCGAGACGGAAAGGUUUCCACGGCUGAAUGGUGCCUGUGCUUCUGGAGGGAGAAACCUCCAUGUCUGGCUGAAAUUGAGCAGAUCCAGAUACAGGAGGCAUCUAAGAGGAAACCAGGCAUGUACAUCCCCAGCUGUGAUGAGGACGGCUACUACAGGAAGCUGCAGUGCGACCGCAGCCGAGACGAGUGCUGGUGCGUCGACCCUCACGGAUCGGAGGCCACCGGGUCACGUAUCCAUGGAAACCCAGACUGCGACGAGCUGCUCAGCUCUGGAGAUUUCAGCAGCGGCGUCGGCUGGGAGGAUGAGGAGGAGAAAGACACGGAUGAGAACGCAGAGGAAGAGGAGGAGGAGGAGGAGGCGGGAGAGAGUGAUGAUGGUGGAUACAUCUGGUAAAACACCUUCAUCAUGUGAUCAGAUGAAACGUGUGCCGUCCAGCGCACUGACAAACCACCUUUUUUACGCUUCCUGAAAUAUUCGACCAACAUUUAAGUUUGUAUUUUAGUGUCACUGAUUUCCCAACUAGUGUUUGUCAUUGGUUUAAAGAGGUCAUGUUAUGCUUUUACAGUCUUGAUGUUGUUUUUGGGCUCUACUAGAACAGGUUGAUUAUUUUCUUCAUAUUCUCCAUUGUUCAGCUCCUCUCUUCCCAGUCUGUCAGUAACGCUCUGUUUAGUUCCUGUCUCUAUGAAGCCCCUCCUUCUGAAAAGCACACUGUGCUCUGAUUGGAGCAGUGUGUUGUGAUUGGUGUUUGGGAAAUGUCCCGCCCCUUACCAUAACUGCUAGUUUCAACACACUACUAACUAACUCAACCAGGCCCCGCCCCUUUAUUCAGCGUAUGAAUUAUUUAAAUGAGGAAUAUUGUGAAGAAAACUCAAGACUACAAUGGAGGCGUUUCAGGGAGUUCAGAAACACUGACACUGAUAUAGAGAAGAACUCCUGCUGGAGGGACUUUGCAGAGCUUUUUCAUGCUCAAACAGCAGCAUUACACACUAAAGGAAGUUAAAAAAUGUAAAAAGCAUAAUAAGACCUCUUUAACUCUGACACACAGAUCAUUCGUCCUCAUUCAGAUGCAAGAAAGACUCAAAACUCUAACGAAAGAACCUUGAAUUUUGUGUUGACGUCCACAGAUGCAUCAUCAUGAACAGGGUAUUAUAAUUUAUUUGACGUGAUUUAUGCAAAAGAACUUGAAACCUCUGGAGAUCAAGUUCAGCACUCACUGUACAGAAGUUCAUCUGUGUGUAUGUGAAUGUAGCCUGUAAAGAACGUGUGAUGGGCGUCAGCAGCUCCGACACGCUGGAAAGAAGAUACCGACACUUCUGCAGAUGUGUUUAUAACACAUUAUUCUCUAAAUGAAGACUCUGACUAUGGAAGCUUGUUUCUGCCACUAAAUAAAAAAAUAAAAAGGUAAUUGUGACUAUCUUACAAUUCUGAUUUUUCUUCUCACAAAUGCGUGAUAUAAAGUCAGAAUUGCGAGUUAUAAAGUCAGAAUUGCGAGAUAUAAAGUCAGAAUUGCGAGAUAUAAAGUCGGAAUUGCGUGAUAUGAAGUCGGAAUUGCGAGAUAUAAAGUCGGAAUUGCGUGAUAUGAAGUCAGAAUUGCGAGAUAUAAAGUCGGAACUGCGAGAUAUAAAGUCAGAAUUGCGAGAUAUAAAGUUGGAAUUGUGAGAUAUAAAGUCGGAAUUGCGAACUAUAAAGUCAUAAUUGCGAGAUAUAAAGUCAGAAUUGCGAGUUAUAAAGUCGGAACUGCGAGAUAUAAAGUCGGAAUUGCGUGAUAUAAAGUUGGAAUUGCAAACUAUAAAGUCAUAAUUGCAAGAUAUAAAGUUGGAAUUGCAAACUAUAAAGUCAUAAUUGCAAGAUAUAAAGUCGGAAUUGCGUGAUAUGAAGUCGGAAUUGCGAGAUAUAAAGUCGGAAUUGCGAGUUAUAAAGUUGGAAUUGCGAGUUAUAAAGUCGGAAUUGGGAGUUAUAAAGCUUUUAUCACGCAAUUCUGACUUUAUAUCUUGCAAUUCUGACUUUGUAACUCGCAAUUCUAAGUAAAGUCAGAAUUGUGAGAUAAAAAGUCGCAAUUACCUUUUUUAUGUUUUAUUUCAUGGUGGAAACAAGCUUCCAUUUCAGACAGAGUCAAGAGAGCUGUGUAUUAAGAUUGAGUUACAGUGAUCAGAUAUGCAGCAGCUAAAAGUCUCAAGAUUAAUUCUCUGAUUCAGUCACAAGAAAAUGUAAAGUUGUACAUGAAAUGUGCAAACAUACUUGUGUAUUUAUGAAUUGUGUUUGCAAUUGUAUUUUGUGAAUAUGAAUUUAUUUAUUGUUUGCAAAUAUUUAAACUUUUUUUGUAGCUUACAUUUAAGUUUAUUAUAAGUACAUAUUUAUUAUUUAUUAGUAAUGUAUUUAUUAUAAGUAUAUAUUUGCAAGCAGAAAAUGACAGUCAUAACUUCAUGAUUUGCAAAUACACAAAGAUUCAAAACCUAAUUCAUAAAUACACAAGUAUGUUUCAUAUUUCUGAAGUUUUCUUUGUGUAGUUUGUUUAUUAUAAGUAUAUAUUUAUAAUUUAUAAAUAAUGUAUUUAUUAUAAGUAUUUGAGAAGAGAAACUGACAAACUCAACCUUAUUCAUAUUCGCAGAAUCGCAAAUGAACAAGCAAGUUUACAAAAUUCACAAAUGCAAAGCCUAAUUCAUAAAUACACAAGUAUUGUUUGAAGGUUUCUACAUGAAAAAAAUGAUUUUUUUUUUGUUAAUGUGAAUUAGCUUAAGCAUGUGUGAAUCAUAUUUUAAAUGCACCACAUUUGAGACUAUUUUAGCUCCAUAUUGCUCUGCCGACAAAAAUAGUUGCAAAAGAUUGUAUAUAGUGAACACGGACAGGGAAAUACAGUAUCAGAACUCACAGGAAUGUAACUGUUGUAUAAUUUAUUAUGACUGACAGCUGCAGUAUAGACGGUUUCACACUUGUUUCAGCUUCUGAAUCAGAACUGACUCCGGAUUCUUGAAUGUACAACUCAAUGUAUGUGUAUUUCUGUUCAUUUAGACUGGGAGUUGAAUGCGGUUAAAAGAAAAACAAAACAUUGUUAAUAAUGGAAAUGUUUGAAUUGCUUUAUUUUUCGUAUUGCAUGAUAGUUCACAACAAAAAGCUCUUUUAUUGGCUCCUUCUCUGUAAAAUAAGAGUAAAACCGUGAUGUCUAAUGUUGAGAUUGUGGCACUAUGGCUGAUGUCGGCUCCUCUAAAUCUGUGAAAUAAAAUGUUGUAAAUAAUUGAA